AUGGAAGUCGUCCCGGAAACCAUCAGGAAACCGACUGUGCCGGAGCCUGACGACUAUGUCAACCCCUUGGAGGCAAGUUCUCGCUGGGCCCUGAAUGCGCGUGCGCAGGCCAUCCGCUAUGCAUCCAGCCUCGGCUUCAGCAUCUCCAACCGCACUGAGCCUGCCGCUCCUACACCGUCCACCGAGUUCUGGGUUGAUGCGACCCUCGCCGAGAGCAAGGGGCCCAAGAAGAUCAGGGUCGAGGUGUGGACGCCGCCUCGUCUAUCCAUCGGGCCUCGAGCAGCCGUCGUGGCUCUCCAUGGAGGAGGAUGGAUUCUCGGCCAGGGAACCGACAAUGCUCGCUGGGCAUGCGCCGUCAUGACCUCGCUGGAUGCCGUCGUCUUCACCGUCAACUACCGCCUGGCGCCUAGCCACCCAUUUCCAACCGCCAUCGAGGACUCUGUCGAUGCCAUCCUGGAGAUAACCAAGCGCGCCGCCCAGUUUGGCAUUGACCCCAGUCGCAUCAUCCUCUCGGGCUUUUCCGCAGGUGCCACCACGGCCCUGUCCAGCUGGCUCAUCAUGAAUGACCCGUCCCGCUGGAAUUACACCCUGCCCUUCGCCGUGCCUCGCAUCACGGGCCUCGUGCUCUUCUAUCCCGGCUUGGACUGGACCAUCAACAGGGCUGACAAGAGGCUGAGCUGCUCUCGUCCUGAUCUCACCCUGUCCAAGGGUUUGACGGACCUGAUUGAUGCCUCAUAUGUCUUCCCCGCCAUCCCUCGCCACAAACGCGCAGAUCUUCGGCUGUCCCCGGGCCUGAUGCCGGAUGACAUUAUGAAAAAGUUACCGCCCAUUCAUCUCUGCUUGUGCGAGUAUGAUAUGCUUCUCGCAGAGGGUACCCGCUUCGCAAAGAGACUGCAGAGUCUGCAAAAGACUGUCACUUUGCGCAUUGUUGCGGGCGAGAAGCAUGCAUGGGACUGCCCCCCGCCAAUGAUACAAAAAGAGAGUGUCGAAGUCGAAUACGCAGAGGCGACUCAGGCCAUUGCCAACUGGCUCGGCCAGGCGCACGACACUGACAGGGAAUCGAUGCGAUCCAUGAAAACAAAGCGUUUGCGGAUACCCCGGCCUAGUUUCAUCUCUCGAUCAAAAUCAGCUGGUCCCUUUUGA